CAUUCGAGCGUAGAGACGCGGCUUCUCUUCUCGCUCCGCCGCCGCCUGCGCGCAAUCGAGUCGCCGUUGACGGUGCGGUCGCAAUGGCUGUCCCAGAAGCUCGGCCCAAUCACACCAUCUACAUUAACAAUCUCAAUGAGAAAAUCAAGAAGGAUGAACUGAAGAAGUCCCUCUACGCCAUUUUCUCCCAGUUUGGCCAGAUCCUUGACAUUCUGGUGUCCCGCAGCCUGAAGAUGCGGGGUCAGGCCUUUGUCAUCUUCAAGGAGAUCAGCAGUGCCACCAACGCCUUGCGCUCCAUGCAAGGUUUCCCUUUUUAUGACAAGCCUAUGCGGAUCCAGUAUUCAAAAUCUGACUCUGACAUCAUAGCCAAGAUGAAGGGCACAUUCGUGGAGCGGGAUCGCAAGAGAGAGAAGCGGAAGCCCAAGGGCCAGGAAGCGCCAGCUGUCAAGAAGCAGAUCCCCGGGGCGGCUGCACCGGUGGCCCCUGCCGUGCAAGGCGCGGUGCCGGGCAUGCCACCCAUGAACCAAGCCCCGCGCAUGAUGCACCACAUGCCAGGCCAGCCCCCAUACAUGCCCCCUCCGGGGAUGAUGCCGCCACCUGGCAUGGCGCCCGGCUCCAUGCCCCCGGGGGCUAUGCCGCCACAGCAGAUGCUGCCGGGGCAGAUGGCCCCUGCUCAGCCGCUAUCGGAGAAUCCGCCCAACCACAUCUUGUUCCUCACCAACCUGCCUGAGGAGACAAACGAGCUGAUGCUCUCCAUGCUCUUCAACCAGUUCCCAGGCUUCAAGGAAGUGCGGCUGGUGCCUGGCCGCCACGACAUUGCCUUUGUGGAGUUUGACAACGAGGUGCAGGCUGGAGCCGCCCGGGAUGCUCUCCAGGGCUUCAAGAUCACACAGAACAAUGCCAUGAAGAUCUCCUUUGCCAAGAAGUGAUGCCUCCCACAGCCUCCUGCCCCCGGAUUCCUUUCCCUCCCUCUUCUAGUUAUCGCCUGUAAAAUGGGUUAGGUUGUGAGUUUUAGUGUUCUGUUCUGUGAGGUAAGUGGUGUGUGUGUGUGUGUGUGUGUGUGUGUGUGAGAAAGAAGAGAGAGAGAGAGAGAGAGAGAGAGAGAAUGAGAAUCAGCUGCAGAAAAGGGCAGGCAGAGCUACCUGCCCCUGGCUAUGCUCCGCAACUUGGGAGGUGUGUCUGUGUAUGCUCAAGCAGCGUGGAAGAGAGCAGCCGAUUCCUUGCAAAAGCAUUGUACCCAGGGUCUGACGGCCAGACAUUGCACCUGGAGCUUUUCUGUUUUGCAAUAAAACAUUGGUUUAUUCUUUA